CUCAAAAGCUUAAAAGACUCUCCCUCCCGCCGCCCUUUAUUUUUCUACAAACACAACUCAAUUGGUCUCUUUGGAAUAAAACAGAACCAUUCAACAAGAAGAAAACAAGAAGAAGCAAGUUUCUUUCAACAAUGGCCAAGUCCAAGAACAAAGCCAAGAAGUUAUCCUACAUCUCCGUUCCAUCUCAGAUCAUAAACUCCAUUUCAUCAUCUUCAUUGCAAUCUCUCCUUGAAUCCCCCAAGAAAUCUUCUUCAAGACCAACCUCCAUGAACAAGUUCUUCAACUUCAACUUCACCAGCCCAAGACUCUUCUUCUCCACACUCUUCUUCAUUGGCUUAUUCGGCAUGAUCAAGUUCGGAUUCGACGUUGACAUCCCCUUUUCCCCUUACCCAUGUUCCAUUUCUCUGCCACAACAACACCAACACUCCAAAUUGCAAUCAAAAUCAAAACUUGGAGCUGUUUCAAAGGUUGAUGAAUCAGUUCAUAAUGCUGAGAAAGAAGGGGUCUUUAAUGCUGCUACUAAUUCUUUGUCUCAGUCACAUACUAUGGUUUCUAAUGUGCAGUUACAAGCAAGAGGGUCUAAUGUUGAUGGUGAAGAGGUUGUUGAGAAGAGUGAGUUUUGGAAGCAACCAAAUGGGUUAGGGUACAAGCCAUGCUUGGAAUUCAGUAGGGAUUAUAGAAUGGCAAGUGAAGGUGUUGUGAAGGAGAGAAGGAAGUAUCUAAUGGUUGUGGUUUCUGGUGGGAUGAAUCAGCAGAGGAACCAGAUUGUUGAUGCUGUUGUCAUUGCUAGAAUCCUUGGUGCUUCUUUGGUUGUUCCUAUUUUGCAGGUCAAUGUCAUUUGGGGUGAUGAAAGUGAAUUUGCUGAUAUAUUUGACUUGGAGCACUUCAAGAGAGUUCUGGCCAAUGAUGUGCAUGUGGUUUCGGCCUUGCCAUCGACACACCUGAUGACAAAGCCAGUGGAGGGGAGCCCUCCCCUUCAUGUCACUCCUAGUUGGAUUCGCGCACGCUAUCUCAAAAGGCUCAACAGAGAAGGCGUGUUACUUCUUCGUGGCUUGGAUUCAAGGCUGUCAAAGGAUCUUCCUUCUGAUCUUCAGAAGCUUCGAUGCAAGGUAUUGCAAAGUCUAUUUGUUCAUUGGAAAACAAAACAAAUUGCAGAUUCUAAAUGUUCCUUCCACCUUUCCUUUCAGGUUGCUUUUAAUGCAUUAAGAUUCGCAAAGCCAGUCCAGGAACUCGGUAACAAGAUUGCAGAGAGAAUGAAGAGCAAGGGACCGUACCUUGCGCUUCAUCUUCGGAUGGAGAAGGAUGUUUGGGUGAGGACUGGUUGUCUACCUGGUCUGAGUCCUAAGUAUGAUGAGAUUGUAAAUAAUGAGCGGAUUCAACGGCCGAAGCUCUUGACAGCAAGAUCAAAUAUGACUUACCAUGAAAGGAAGCUAGCUGGCCUAUGCCCUUUGAAUGCUGUAGAGGUUACCAGGUUGCUUAAAGCUCUAGGUGCUCCGAAAAAUACUAGAAUUUAUUGGGCUGGAGGAGAACCAUUGGGUGGAAAAGAAGCCUUGUAUCCAUUAAUCAAUGAGUUUCAACAUUUUUACAGCAAGGCAGAUCUUGCCUUGCCGGGCGAACUAGAACCUUUCAAGAACAAAGCUUCUCUAAUGGCUGCAAUAGAUUACAUCGUCUGCGAGAAGAGCGACGUUUUCAUGCCGUCUCAUGGAGGAAACAUGGGCCAUGCAAUUCAGGGUCACAGAGCCUAUGCAGGGCACAAGAAAUAUAUAACUCCAAACAAGAGACAAAUGCUACCUUAUUUUCUGAAUUCUUCCCUUCCGGAAGCCGAGUUCAACAAGAUUGUCAAGGGAUUGCAUCAGGACUCGUUAGGGCAGCCGGAACUCAGGACUAGCAAGGCCGGCCGGGAUGUCACCAAGUAUCCUGUCCCGGAGUGCAUGUGCAAUGGAUCCCGGUCGCGCUCUCGUUCCUAAGUUCCAUUUUUGAUGAAGAAAUAUACUGAUUAGUAUCCGAGACAAUGUAGAUUUCUGUUAGAGUGAUAGGAGCAGACUAAGGUAAAAUUGUAAAAUAGUAGUAUACAUGACAACAGAUUCAUUCUUUGAUUCUUCAUACAGAGUUUGUAUAGGAUAUAUACACGGGACUCUUUGUUCUUUCUGAUUCUUUUGUAAUACUACAAUUUUAAAGUCUUGUACACAUAAUUGAUUUUGUAUUAUUUCUAGUUACUUGAUCA